CCACCACUGUCCAUAUCCUAGUCGUGGUGGUAAAUACACUAUUCCUAUAGAGAAAGUUUGUGACGGUGUAGCCCAGUGUACCAAUUCUGAUGACGAGUCCUUCUGUGUCAAGCCAUGCCCACAAAAAUGCACGUGUACUGGUUUAAUUAUCAGCUUCAUCUCUACUCCACUCAAUACUUUACGUUCUCCUUUUACGAAAAUCUCCUUUUUCAUUAACAAGAUCGAUCCACCUUUAAAACUUUAUGUCAACUUUUCAGACUAUUCAUAUCUUGCAAUAAGAGGCAUGAAUGCAACACCAGAUAAUUUCACCAGAGGUUUAUAUAAUAUACAAAAUUUGGUGUUAACGGAAAACAAUAUAUCGUUUGUGACUAGUGAUAUGUUCACUGACAUGUCAGGUCUACGGUCAUUAAGUUUAUCAUCUAAUAGGAUCACGCAUUUAAAUGGUAAUAUAUUUAAUGAACUGUCUGCUCUUAGGCGUCUAUCUCUACAUAAAAAUCGGAUGAAAAUGCUUCAAGCUGAUGUCUUUACCGGACUAUCCACACUUACGCAUCUGAAUCUAGGUAACAACCAGAUACAAAUCCUUCCAGCCGAUGUCUUUACCGGACUAUCUAAACUUACGCAUCUGAAUCUAGGUCACAACCAGAUACAAAUCCUUCCAGCCGAUGUCUUUACCGGACUAUCCACACUUACGCAUCUGAAUCUAGGUCACAACCAGAUACAAAUCCUUCCAGCUGGUGUCUUUAUUAUAUUAUCUACACUGACACAUCUGUAUCUACAUAACAAUCAGAUUAAAGUCCUUCCAACAGCUAUAUUUAAUGAACUCACCGCUCUUACGUAUCUGUAUCUAGAUAAAAAUCGGAUAGAAAUCCUUCCAGCCAAUGUGUUUACUGGACUUUCUAAGCUUACACAUCUGUUUUUAAAUAACAAUCAGAUAAACAUUCUUCCGGAUGAUACCUUUACUGGACUAUAUAAACUUUACCAACUAUCUCUAGUAAACAAUCAGAUACAAACUCUUCCAAAUUAUAUCUUUACUGGACAAUCUACACUUAAAGAUCUGUCUCUAGGUAACAAUCAUAUAAAGAGCCUUCCGACUGAUGUCUUUAUGGGACUACAUACACUAUACUAUCUUUCUCUAAGUCACAAUCAGAUAGAAAUCCUUCCAGGUGAUAUUUUCAGUGGUUUAUCUGUGCUUAGCUCGAUCUUACUAAACAACAAUACCCUAUCCAUUAUACCUGUUUUACCUUCCUCUGUUAGAUUGCUUGAUAUAUCGUUCAAUAGCUUCACGAUGUUACCUGCUGGAAUAUUUUCCAAUUGUAGUCAAUUAAACCUUUUAAACAUCAUAGGUAACAAAAUAGAUAUACAGGAACACGUUUGA